AAGAGUCGUAAGACGUAAGUGGUGUGUGUAUCUCCAAUUUAACAAGUGGUUUUAAUAAGGUUGUGUUUUGUUUGACAAUGCCCUUACCACAUUUUGCAAAAGGUGAAGUGGUAAAAGGAUUUGGUCGGGGCUCAAAGGAAUUAGGAACUCCCACGGCAAAUCUUCCUAUGGAAGCAGUCAACCAGCUCCCAGACGAUUUGGACACUGGCGUUUACUAUGGUUUUGCUUCGGUGAAUGGUGGAGAGGUUUAUAAAAUGGUAAUGAGUAUUGGCUGGAAUCCAUUUUAUAAAAAUAAAACGAAAUCAAUGGAAGUGCAUGUAUUACACGAGUUCGACUCUGACUUUUAUGGGAAGGAGAUACGGAUAGUUAUUUUAGGUUACCUACGUCAGGAGAAAAAUUUUAACUCUUUAGAAGCAUUAAUCGACGCUAUAAAAGACGAUAUCAAUCAGGCUAGAGAAAAAUUAAACGCAGCUAAUUUUAUUUCAUACAAAACCCAUAGUUACUUUUUUACUUCGUGAAUAAAGAAUAACUAAU